AUGAGCUCGAUGUUAGGUAGAUAUUCAAAAUCAGUAUACAAUUUUAAUAAACUUAAGGUGGUAUGGAAGGUUAGAAACUACCAUGUUUCUUCUAUUGUCUUGAAAUCCGCUGCAACUGCUACUAAUGAUACUGGUACUGCACAACCUUUUGGUAUUGAUACAACGAUUGAAAAUAAUAAGAAGACUGAAACUAACCGUUUGUCAAAGACAUUGACCAAAUUCUGGGAUAAAGUAAGUUACCAUUAUGAUGAAACUUCAGGGAAGUAUUUAAUACAAUUGGAUUCUAAGACUAUUAAUACGCCGAUGGGGAACUUAUUGGCUGUUGAUAAAAAUAAGAAAAUGUUGGCAUUGAUGUUAAGUAAUGAAUGGAAAAACUUACCAAACUUAUCGAUUAAGAAAUAUUCCUUGCCAUUGACCUCUUUGACUUCUCGUUGCAUUGAUUUAGAGGCAGUUAAUAAAAACGGUAAUUUAGACGAUAUUGUUAAGUUCAAUGGUGAUCGUAAUAAAAUUAUUAAUGAUCUAUUGCGUUAUCUUGACACUGAUACAUUACUAGUAUUUUCUCCAGCGUCAGAAUUUGAAGGUGCUCUAAGGAAAGAGCAGAAUAAAUUAUACUUACCUGUAAUUGAUUCGAUUGAAAAUUUCUUAACUGAGUUUGCAAAUGAUCCAAUAAAAUUAAAUAUUUUGGAUGCUGAUAUACAUGGAUUAAGAGGUAAUCAACAGGAUUUAAAUACCAAAGAGGCUGCUAAAAAAUAUUUAGAAAGCUUAUCUUAUUGGGAUUUAGCAAUCUUUGAAAAGAUUGUUUUGACUACUAAAUCUUUCAUCUGUGGUAUCUUAUUAUUGCAAGGAAAGUCCAACAGUGUUAAUAAGUUGGCAUUAGAAUAUAAUGUUGAAGAUAUAGUUAGAUACGCUACAUUAGAAACCAUUCAUCAGGUUGAUAGAUGGGGGGAAGUUGAAGAUACUCACGAUGUCGAUAAACGUGAUAUUAGAAGAAAUGUAAAUGCAGCAGCUGUUGUGGCUUACAAUGCUUAA